AUGUUUGAUAUCGAAGACGACGCGUCACGGCGUGAAAAGUGCUUCACCACUGUCGCUCAACUCCCUGCCUGGGUCGAUCCCAAGCAGAUCCCCACCACGAAAUCCCCCUUCUCGACUAUUCACAACCAUUCCUUCGCGCAUACGGUGGAGGCCAUCCUUCCAGCAGAAGCAUACACGAGUGUACAGGCGGCGCUGGAUGCCCGCAUUGCCAAUCCCCAGUAUGCGCGGGUGUUUAUGCCACCAUCGGCCUUGCUGGAGCACGAGUUCUUCAACACGUAUAUCAAAGCCGGAAAUGUUCUCAUGAUCUCUGAGGGCCGGUCCGGAUCGGAGACCGUGUUUAUGCUAAAAGAUGGCACUCUCCAAAUUGAGCUUGGUAGAGAGAUUUUCGAGCGGACGGGGCUGUCAGGCAAGCCGUGUCGCAGUGGUGGCAGGAAACAUGGAAAGGAAAGAUACUUGGUGCAGCUGAAUUUGCGGUUACCCUCCAUGCUCCAUGGCAAGCAGGGCUUUGAGAGAAUCGUGUGGGCCUUCAAGAACGUCCUGAAUCAGUCCCUGGCCUGGUUAUUUUGUGAUUUGGAAGACUCAACGCCGAGUCCGAAAGAGGAUAAAAAGCCCAUCCACAAGUUGCAGCCACAGUGGCUGGACUGCGCACCGUUCCGCAUUGAGCAGCGGCGCGUUCUCACGCCAAAUCUACAGGGCAGUAUAUUGUCCGAAAGCAAGGCCGAGGACGAAAUUCAGGAGAAAUGCGGUUCUCUGGCAGAGUGGAUUGCCAUGGUUCAACUGCAAUCCCCCCGAGUCUCUGCGGAUGAUGAAGUGGACCCUUACCUCUGUCGAUACAGUGUGCCAGACCAUGAAUCCGCACAACCGUCUGAUCUGGUUUGCCUAAAAUGGCGUGGCUUGAUAUCGAGCACCUGGGCCAUACAACUGUUCCAUACUCUGCUACAUGCUACGAAACCUGGUUUUACUGCAUCCUGGGUCGUUCUUUCUGCGUGGACGCCGGGCAAGGCCGCUGUGGAGGGAAGGGACGGUUGGUCCGUUUUGGCUCUUCAGUCGGAAGAGGAGAAUCGCCAGUCGGUCUGUUGGGAGUUUGUCGGUGCUUCCGUGGUUGACAGUUGA